AUGUGUUUCCAGUUGGCGUUUCGAGUGAACGCAGUCCUCUUGCUGAUUCUGUUCGCAAGACAGUCGAAUGGUCUAAUCUACCGAUUCAUUCCCGAGGAUGAUGAGUUCUUUGAAGACUGCGAUAACGCGCCUAGUAACGCUCUGAACCUUCAUGGAUUUGUUGACACUUCUCAAAUAAGCUUCUCUCGGAAUAAUGGUAUAAUUACCGUAUCGGGCAAUACUACCGCAAUCUGGAAUAUUAAACCUGGGGAUCGUAUUGAAGGUAAGGCUGUCAUGUUCCAAUACGAUCGUGGCAUCUGGCGGCCAACACAAUUCAGUGUGACAGUGCGUAACUGCUGUGCCGUCAUAUACGACAAGCCGCAGUACUGGUAUAAAUAUUGGACACAACAUAUAACCAAUAGGGAAGAAAUAAAGGACCAAUGUUUUUACCCCGGAACCAAAAUGAUAUAUGAGCCUUUCGAGAUAGACGUUUUAAUGCAGUUCACGGGUCUGCCUUUAAAUGGGCGGUACAAGAUCGUGACCACAUUUAGGGCAUUCGACAAGAGAAAUGUACAGCGCGAUACUAUCAUUUGCUUACAAACCGUUGGAGAAUUCGAAAGGCUAGACUAA